AUAAACCGAAUCGUAUACCAAGGGAUCAGUGGACUGGUCUGGUCUCUUAAUGGGUUUCAGAAAAAGCUAAGCGACGCAGCCAAACAAACAGAAACAAUAGGGCCAAGCAAAAGAUGCCACACACAGGUGGAUCUAAAUGCUGAAAAUGGGCUUGAGCCUACACGAGCGCAUGUUUUUAUAUUAACUCAUAAACCACAUAGAGAUGGAAGACCACUGGAUGAGGAGUCUGCAAAGACAAUUGACAUGAUCAAUGAAAAGUUGAGUAAUAGUGAGGUAUCGAACGAGCAACCUCGUCGCUUUGUUGCUUGGGAAGGAGAUGUGUAUUCACAAGUGUUGGGAAAUGAAAAAACUGGUUAUGUUCGUGGCUUAGGACUUGGUUCAACUCCUUCUGUACUAUGGGGUAGUAGAUCUUCUUUUGGAAAUACUGUUGAAGAGGAUUCGUCUAAUGAGGUUGUAAAAAGGUUAGAACAAGAGGUAACAAAGUUAAAGGACAUAAAUGGAACACAAAAUGAAGAAAUGAGUUUGGUGAAACAAAAUCAAGAGAAGUUGCUAUAUGAAUUAGCAUGGGUGAGAAAACCCUUGAGCAGAAAUGGUCCUAAUGAGUUACCUAUACAUCAUAAUAUCAAUGGAAUUUCAGAUGACCAGUUCCCGAUGCCAACAGUGGCUAUGAGCGACUACAACAAUCACCACAGAUGCGCUUUAGAGGAGAUAAUGUUGCUGAAAAAUUUCCAUCUUCUCACGGUCAUAUAUGAUGUUCGAAUAGAAAGUGGAAGAUUCAAUAUUAUGCAGCGUUGCGAAACUAUUGGAGGGUGCAUUUAGAAAUUUGUUACUGCAAGUAUUGGAUAGGAAUAGUUACAAGGACAUUAACUAUUUAGUUCAGACACAUAAUAUUAUUUUUUAAUUCGCUGAUUACAUUAGUAUUAUGAAUUAGUACUUGCUUUGGUUUAUCUUGAGUUAGUGAAGUAUAUUAUAUUUUUAUAAAUUAUAGUA